AUGGCAACAUUAGAAAGAUUCAAAGAUAUGGCAUAUCCCCGAGCUGGUGAGUACAUGGAAAUGUGUAGGAGCCAUUGAAAUUGCUUUUUAUUUUUUAUUUUUUAACGUAUAUGUUGGCAAUUCCCUAUCCCUUUAAUAAGGCACAUUAUAUAUAUAUAAUGUAUUGUUGAAAUGUUUGCAUUUAUAUUUUAUUCUGUGUCCUAAAACCUGUUGCAGAUACGGCACCUCUUCAAACUGGCAGCUUGUCACACACUGAUUGGCAAACCCCUUUUGUGUCUGGGAAGUCUGUCAGCCGUAUUUCUGAAAGUAAAAGAGAAGAUUGUGUUCGUUCUGAGAGUACUUGCCCUGAAAAUCUAAAGGGUGAGUUGCAUAGGUUACAGUUUUUAUGAAAUGCAUAUUAGAAAUAUGUUUUGUAGUAAAGUUUAGUGUAAUAGUAUUUAGAUCUGUGCUGUGAAAUCAAUAAGCACCCAAUAAUACAUGAUUUUAAUGUAUUUAACGGUAGAAUGAAUUUAAAAAGUGGGACCCACUUUAGGUCAAGUGGGCAGUCUAAGUUUCCACCAUCUGGAUACAAGAGGGUUAUGGGGCAUUAUUUAAAGGAACACUAUAACCACUACAGAGCUGUGUAUAAUUUCAGGAAUCCAAUGGUGCAGCCCAAAAUAAAACUCUCAAACAGUUUGAUAACUGGCCAGCAAGGGAAGAGGGGCCAGGAGGGAGGUUUUAUAGAAGGGGAAAAAAAAAAUACCAGUGCACUCUGAUGGAGGCGGGAGAGCGCUUCCCCUUCAGGCACUCUGCCUGCAAGGGGAACAUUUCAACAGAUGUCAAUUCUGUGCAUACAUUACAUAAGGCAGCCAUAAACCGAGUUCUAGGCUGCCAAUGACACUUGCGCUGGGAAUGAAAUUAAUCCCCCAGCACACAAUUGACACUAUUUUUGUAUGUGCAGUGUUUAAAGCCGAAACACUCAACAUACCGUCUCCUACCACCAGGACCUCUUCCAGAUUUGUCGCAAGUAGUUAAUGAACACUGCCCUCACCCCCUACCAGUAUACAAAUAAGGUGACUAAGGUCUAAUGUAGAUGCAAAAAUUGGAUUUCUAGUAAUUUGAUAAGUUAAUGAUUGCAAAUGCAUUCAGUCCUGAAUGCUAAAAAUAAUAAUAAAUACAUAAAAGUACACGAUUUUAAUUCACAUAUUGUUGGAUUCAUUCAUCCAAUGUAUUGUCUCAAUGUUUUUGCAGAUUUUUGCAGUGCAAAUGGCAGUUCCUCCUUCGAACCAAUCAGGAGUCAAAUCACCAUCCCCACAGCUCAUGUUAUGCCUUCCACCCUGGGAAAACAUUCCACCAAUGCCUGUGAGCUUGGGGGAGCUCAAACGUUGACAGACUCAAAUCCUCACAGCUUCCCCUUCCAGCCUUCAUCCAAUCUCUUGGCAGCCGAUGAACUUCGAAAGUUUGAGGUUCCUAAUAUUGAACCCACUUUAAACCAGUCAAGUUUAAUGCAGACACUUUAUACAGACCAGAAACCUAAUGCAUUAACAGAGGGCAACCACAUAGAUGGCGGGCCGUAUAGGAUCCUACCUCAGAGCAAAGAAUCUGCAAACGUAGGUCACAUUCGCAGUGUUGGUGAUACACAUCUGAUCAGUCGGGGAUGGAAGCCAGAGUUAUUUUCUCUUCAUUCAGGAGCUGAAUUUAGUGCUUUGCGGCAACAACACCAAAUGGACAACAUAAGGCUUGAAAUGGAGCAGCUACAGGUGACAUGAACAUUAAUUAUGACCAAUUUGGCAGGGAUUAUUGAUAGAUAUACAGUGUAGAGAUAGAUGAAUUCACAGUUUAAAACAUACAAAUGAUCGGAAACCACAUCUGUCCCAAAAUCUCCAGUUGCAUAACACUUUUAGUGCCUGGUAGGACUGAAACAUUAAAGGGAUCCUAUAGUGUCAGGAAAACAAACGCGUUUUUCUGGCACUAUGUGCUCUUGAAGUGACCCCCUCACUUGGCUCUGAAGGGGUUAAAACCCCUUCAGCCACUUAUCUGAAUCCAGCGCCGAUGUCCCUCAGCAUUGGGUCAUGUGGCAGGGGAGACCUAAUGCGCAUGCGUGGCAAUUAUACCUCCCCAUUGGGAAAAUCUGAUGCUGGGGGUCUGUGAGGACAUCCAGCGUCGGAUAAUGGACUAAAAGUCCGCUUGGAUUCCGGAAGCCCUCUAGUGGCUGUCUGUUAGACAGCCACAGAGGGCAGACUUAGAGCUGCAAUGUUUACAUUGCAGUUCUCUAGAACUGCAAUGUUUUGCAUUGCAGCAUUUAGUGCAAAAGGGUCACCGCACCCAAACUACUUCAAUUAGCUUAAGUAGUCUGGGUGACUACAGUGUCCCUUUAAAUCAUUCAUAAGAGAUUAUUCAUUUGGCUAAAGUUUGGGGUGCAAUUAACCAGUAUUUCUUGCAAACAUGGUCUGUUUUAUUUUCAGCUGGCAAGAGGGCGUCCAACGCCAGUGUAUCCAGAUCAUAAUGGACUGGGAAGGGUGCUGAAGACAAAUGAAAAUGUGCUGUUAGAAGAGUUGCUGGUGGAGAGGUAGGAUAGUGUGUCUGGUGCUACCCCCUUCAUAAAAUGCUAUAUAGACUUCCUCUAGUAUAGAUUUGUGUUCAGCCUUCUGCAUUUCUCCUCCCUCAGGGCAUCCAGGUACAGAGAAAAAUGUUUAUUUUAAAAUUGUUUUCUUUUGACUUCCUGUGGCCCAGGCAGCGGCAGCAUAUUUCCCAGCUGGAACAAAAACUGAGGGAGAAUGAGGUGCAAGUACGCAAUACGAUGUUGAGCCCAGUUAACCCUUAUAGUGAAAUGUAUAUGAUCAGGCUGCAGGUGAGUUUUCAGAGCUAGGAGUACAAUUACACUUUCCUUUUGUGAAAACAGAAAUUGAUAAAUCUCUAUCUGUUCAGGAACUACAGAGAGAGGUUACUUUUCUAAGGGCUCAGUUUACAGAGAAGAAUGAUUCAUUUAGCCGAGAGAAGGCUGACCUUGAAAAGAAACUGGGUGCCUGUGAAAUAGAAGCAAAUGAAUUGAAAGAGAGCAGGAAAAAAUUGUCCCAGAAUCACAUUGAAGAGUUAAGAAAGCAGGAGGAGCGGGUGAGUGCCUAAAGAUAGACUAUUCAUGAUCUCUAUAGCAUACAGAUAGAAGCAUAUUUAUUUUUGUGUCAUGAAUUGGAGUUGCAAACAUCUGCAUGCAGGGUGGAUUUUAAUGAAAUCACUAGGACUCUAUUUAAUCAUAAUUAUUCAAACGUUAAGACUCAUUUUUGCUGGUUGCUAUAAUUUUUAAAUUUGCAACAAGUUGAAGAUUUCAUAUAUAGAAUAAUGACUUUUCAGAUUUGUUUACCAGUUAUAUCACCAUUUUUAUACCAUUAGAAAUACAUAAAUGAUGAAAUUAUUGCAAGAUGUACCACCAUCUCCAGUUGGGUUAGUUAUUCGUUUUUGGAGUAUAAUUAAAAUAUGUAUCAUACACAUUCUUGUGUUUGCUUAAACAUCACUGUCAAUGGAAAACUGUCCAAGGUGGAUUUUUCAUCCGAAAGCAUUUUAAUUAAAUCAUUCCAGUUUAAGUCAAAAUUACAUGCAUGCCUUCCCUUAUCUUUUUCUAGGUAAAAGCAAGAGACCGACAUAUUAAUGCACUAAAGAAAAAGUGUCAAAAGGAAUCCGAACAGAACAAAGAGAAGCAGGAAAGGAUUGAGACACUAGAGCGAUAUUUGUCAGAUCUUCCUACUGUCCAGGACCAUCGGAAACAGACACAAGAGGUAUAGUUUCUAAUGCAAUAAACCUUUGUGCAUAGGAAGGAAGAAAGCAAGCAAGGAAGUUCUCUUCCGAAACAGACUAGGGAUUUUUCUUUUCUUGGUUUUGAGGUUUUUUGUUUUUUUUUACUUGGGAAAACCAUUCUAUAUAUAUUUUAGUGUAAUGUGUUUAUCUUUUGCUACAGCAUUGUUUUAAGCCUUGUAGUGAUACCACUUAUCAAACUAAUUCUAUAUCUGGAAUAUAAUGUGUAAUAUAUAUUCUAAACAAAGAGGAUUGUUGAUGUAGCAAAGGAUGUUAAAGAAUAGCAAUAUCUUAGAUCAAAAAAGUGUCCUAUGUGUGUUACUAACUUGUUAAAUUGUAUCUUCAAAACAAUUUAACAUGUUGCCUAACUCUCUCAGAAGUUUUAUUGUUUUCUUUCAUUUGACUUCCAUUCUCUUGUCUUGGCAUUGUCAUCAGUAUUUUUACUACAGACUUACCGGUAAUUACUAUAUUAGCAUUAGCCCUUUAAUUUUUACAGUACAUUCACACUUUAACCCCUUAAGGACUGGACUGUUUUUGCGAUGUUGUACAUUUGCAACCAGGAAUAUUUUUACACUUUUCUGGUGUUUGUGUUUAGCUGUUAUUUUCCGCUCUCUCAUUUACUGUUCCCAUACAAAUUAUAUAUUGUUUUUUUCAGGACAAAAGGGGCUUUCUUUACAUACCAUUAUUUAUAUAAUCUCAUGUAUUUUAAUUUAAAAAAAAUAAAAAAUAUGAUGAAAAAUUGAAAAAAAUACAUGUUUUUUGACUUUUACUUGAAAAAUCUUUUACUCAUCUACAAAAGCGAAUGAAAAAAACAGCUAAAUAGAUUCAAAAUUUUGUCCUGAGUUUAAAAAUACCCAGUGUUUACAUGCUUUUUUGCUUUUUUUGCAAGUUAUAGGGCUAUAGGUACAAGUAGGAUAUGGCGGUUUCAAAACAAAAUUUUUUUAAAUGUAUCAAUAGUGACAUUGUAACACUAUUAUCUGUCAUAAAUCUCUGGAAAACACUCCACAUGUAUAUAUUUUUUUUAAAGUAGACAACCCAGGGUAUUCAUCUAAGGAUAUUUUGACACUUUCUAUGCAGCCAUUUUACCACAAGUCUUUGCCAAACUUUGCAUAGAUAGUUGUUUUUUUUCACAUACAUUGCAAUUCAGGUAUAAACUUACAGAUCCUGUUAUGUCUUGCUGCCAAACAACACGCCAAUAUGUGUUCAGCAACAUCUCCUGAGUACAGUGAUACCACCCAUGCAUAGGCUUGUCGGAUUGUUUGGGGCUAAAAGGCCACAUUUGGCAGGUGCGCAUAUCCAUUUUUCAACUUGGAAUUUUGACAUGUAGUCAACCUGCGCACAUGUCCUAUUUGGGACAUUUGUAAGGCCGGCCAAUGUAUUUUACCCCCACCAAACCAUAUAUUUUUGGAAAGUAGACACCCUAGGGUAUUUCAAAUGGUGGUUUUUUAACACUUUCCAUGCACUAAUUCUACCACCAGACAUUGUCAAACAUUUAGGUAGUCAUUUUUUGUGUGUUUUUUUUCACACACAUUGUACUUUAGGCAUGAAUUAACAAAUCGUGUUAUGUGUCACUGCCAAACAACACGCCAAUAUGUGUUCAGCAACAUCUCCUGAGUACAGUGAUACCACCCAUGCAUAGGCUUGUCGGAUUGUUUGGGGGCUAAAAGGCCACAUUUGGCAGGUGCGCAUAUCCAUUUUUCAACUUGGAAUUUUGACAUGUAGUCAACCUGCGCACAUGUCCUAUUUGGGACAUUUGUAAGGCCGGCCAAUGUAUUUUACCCCCACCAAACCAUAUAUUUUUGGAAAGUAGACACCCUAGGGUAUUUCAAAUGGUGGUUUUUUAACACUUUCCAUGCACUAAUUCUACCACCAGACAUUGUCAAACAUUUAGGUAGUCAUUUUUUGUGUGUUUUUUUUCACACACAUUGUACUUUAGGCAUGAAUUAACAAAUCGUGUUAUGUGUCACUGCCAAACAACACGCCAAUAUGUGUUCAGCAACAUCUCCUGAGUACAGUGAUACCACCCAUGCAUAGGCUUGUCGGAUUGUUUGGGGGCUAAAAGGCCACAUUUGGCAGGUGCGCAUAUCCAUUUUUCAACUUGGAAUUUUGACAUGUAGUCAACCUGCGCACAUGUCCUAUUUGGGACAUUUGUAAGGCCGGCCAAUGUAUUUUACCCCCACCAAACCAUAUAUUUUUGGAAAGUAGACACCCUAGGGUAUUUCAAAUGGUGGUUUUUUAACACUUUCCAUGCACUAAUUCUACCACCAGAUUGUCAAACAUUUAGGUAGUCAUUUUUUGUGUGUUUUUUUUCACACACAUUGUACUUUAGGCAUGAAUUAACAAAUCGUGUUAUGUGUCACUGCCAAACAACACGCCAAUAUGUGUUCAGCAACAUCUCCUGAGUACAGUGAUACCACCCAUGCAUAGGCUUGUCGGAUUGUUUGGGGGCUAAAAGGCCACAUUUGGCAGGUGCGCAUAUCCAUUUUUCAACUUGGAAUUUUGACAUGUAGUAAACCAGCGCCCCUGUCCUAUUUGGGCCAAUGUAUUUUACCCCCAUCAAACCAUAUAUUUUUGAAAAGUAGACAACUCAGGGUAUUUUAAAUGGUGGUAGUUUAAUACUUUUCAUGCAAUAAUUCUACCACCAGCCUUUGGCAAACUUUUGGGUAGUAAUUUUGGGUAGUAAUUUUCUUCAUGUUUUUUUACACAUACAUUGUACUUUAGGCAUGAAUUAACAGAUCCUGUUAUGUAUCACUGCCAAACAACACCCCAAUAUGUGUUCAGCAACAUCUCCUGAGUACAGUGACAUCACCCAUGCAUAGGUUUGCUGGGUUGUUUGGGGGCUAAAAGGCCACAUUCAAGACUUGUACAUAUCAGUUUUUCAACUUGAUAUAUAGGUAUGCUUGGCCUAUCUUCAGUUUGGCAUAUUUUUGCAUCCCCCCGUUAAUGUUAACAUCAUGAAAGUUUAUAUUUUUAUAAAGUAGACAUUCCAGAGUAUUGUAUAUGAGGUGUUUUCACAUCCUUCCCCAACCAUUGUGCUAAACAAAUUUCAGAGAACGUGCAUGGUGGUAAUUUUUUAAUUCUGCUUUUUAUGCACACGUCAUCUGGUUUUGGCCAGCCAGUUAUAUGUUACUACCAUAAAACUUUUUUAACCAAAUGUGCAGGUAUCAAAUGCACCUUUAGCAGCAUUCUCUAAACUAACUCCUGCAAAAAGAAUCUAAUUGGAGAUUUGGGGGGAAGGAAACUGACUAACUAAAAUUUGCUGUUUUCAAAAGAAAAAAAACAGUGUCCUUUUCCUUUUUUAUAACAGACCCAGCAACAUUUCAGGGGAUUUGUUUUUUUUUUGCAGUUGGCAGUAUCUUAAAAAUAAAAUGUCUGGACUCCUUUGGCACCGUUGUUGGAACUUGACCAUCUCCAUAAAUUAUUGUGGAAAUCAGCUUGAACUAAAAUUGGAGAAAGGUGGUUCUUUCUGAAUUCAUUUUUUUUUUUAAAGAGUAAAAAUUAAUUAUGUGUUGCUACUUGCAUCAGGUAGAUAGCCACCUUUUUAUACCAGGCUUUUGUCUUUCUUAAGAUAAGAUAUGGCUGCAUCAGCUGAUCAGCCAAAUCAACACCCCCCAUGUGCCUGUUAUAAGCCCUGAUGCACACCGGUUUUGUCUGUACCCUGCCUCGGACAGUGGCGUCUGACAUGCCCUCGUUAUGGAUGGUUGUUAGCAUGUGAACAUCCUUCCUGUCCUUAAAUUUUAUUGCAAGCACUUUUGCUUUGUGCAGACCUUUACAUUCACUUUUUUUUUUUUUUUUGGCCUCUAUUAAAGGUCUGGGGAAAUCCUUGGCAUAUCUUCUCACACUGCCACAGGCCAGUAUCUAGAAACCCUAAAGAGUUUGAAACAAACAGACAAUGCUAUAAAAAUUGUCCACAUAAAGGUGGUAACCCUUAUUGAACAAGGGGAUCAGUAAGUCAAAAACAAGUUUCCCGCUUGUCCCCAGAGAGUCAGUACAGCCAGGAGGGUCCAGUUGACCAUCUUUCCCCUCAUAUAUACGAAAGGCAAAUGUAUAGCCACUUUCGCUCUCGCACAGUUUGUAGAAUUUUACGCCAUACCUAAAGCGCUUUGAGAGGAUGUAUUGUUUGAAUCCUAAUCUCCCUUUAUAUUUCAUUAACGAUUCAUCAAUAGAUAAAUUUUUUUGAGGAGUAUAAACUUCAGUAAAUUUGUGCUGAAGAUGGUCUACCAGUGGGUGUAUUUUAUGAAGCCUAUCAUAUUGGGUGUGAUCUCUGGGGUGACAGAGGGUAUUGUCAUUGAAAUGAAAGUAUCUCAGCAGCAGCUCAAAUCUUGUUCUAGACACGGUUUGGGAAUACACCGGACUAGAACAGAUUGGGUUGGUGCUCCAGUAAGAGCGAAUUGAUGGCUUCUUUAUAAUCCCCAUUAAAAUUGUAAGAGCCCAGAAUUUUUUAAAUUUAGCGACAUCUGUGGGAUGCCAAGCACGCUCCUCCCUGAAAACAGACCAAAACUAAUAAAAACAGACUAAAUGAGACUAAAACUUUCGUUAGCAGCAACUUGUAAACUAACUUCUGCAAAAAGAAUCGAACUGGAGAUUUGGGGGAAGGAUACUAACAGAAAUUUGCGGCAUUCAAAAUAAACAAAAAAAAAUAAAUCAGGAACAAGUAUUAUAAAAAUGUAUUUUCUGUGUGGUAGAGCUUAAAACAUGUUCCAAUACACAGUCCAGGUUUUGUAGGGCAAUCGGGACAGUGAAAAGGGGUGUCUGUCCUUUUCCCUUUUUUAUAACAGACCCGGCAACGUUUCUGGGGGUUUCUUUUUUUUUUGGUGUUGGCGGUAUCUUAAAAAUAAAAUGUCUAGACGACUCUUGCACUGUCGUUGGAACUUGACCAUCUCCAUAAAUUAUUGUGGAAAUCAGCUUGAGCUGAAAUUGGAGAUAGGUGGUUCUUCCUGGAUUAAUUUUUAAAAAAAGUAAAAAUGAAUUAUGUGUUGCUACUUGCAACAGGUAGAUAGCCACCUUUUUAUACCAGGCUUUUGUCUUUCUUAAGAUAAGAUAAGGCUGCAUCAGCUGAUCAGCCAAAUCAACACCCCCCAUGUGCCUGUUAUAAGCCCUGAUGCACACCGGUUUUGUCUGUACCCUGCCUCGGACAGUGACGUCUGACAUGGCCUCGUUAUGAAUGGUUGUUAUCAUGUGAACAUCCUUCCUGUCCUUAAAUUUUAGCGCAAGCAGUUCAGCCUUGCGCAGAGCUUUGCAUUCCCCUUUUUUUAAUUUGGCCUCUAUGAGAGGUCUGGGAAAAUCCUUGGCAUUUCUUCUUACAGUGCCGCAGGCCGGUGUCUGUAAACUAUAAAGAAUUUUAAACAAGUGGACACUGCUGUAAAAAUUGUCCACAUAAAGGUGGUAACCCUUAUUGAACAAAGGGUUCAGUAGGUCCCAAACAAGUUUCCCAGUUGUCCCCAGAGAGUCAGGACAGCCAGGAGGGUUCAGUUGAGCAUCUUUCCCCUCGUAUACACGGAAGGCAAAUGUGUAGCCACUUUCGCUCUCGCAAAGUUUGUAUACUUUAAUGCCAUACCUAGACCGCUUUGAGGGGAUAUAUUGUUUGAACCCUAAUCUCCCUUUGUAUUUCAUAAGGGAUUCAUCGAUGGAUAAAGUUUGUUGGGGAGUAUAAACUUUAGAAAAUCUGUUCUGAAGAUGGUCUACCAGUGGGCGUAUUUUAUAAAGCCUAUCAUAUUCGGGGUGAUCUCUGGGGUGACAGAGCGUAUUGUCGUUAAAAUGUAAGUAUCUGAGCAGCAGCUCAUAUCUUGGUCUAGGCAUUGUUUGGGAGAAUAUAGGAGUCGAACAAAUUGGGUUGGUGCUCCAGUAAGACCGGAUUGAUGGCUUUUUUAUUAUCCCCAUGAGCAUGGUAAGAGCCCAGAAUGUUUUAAGUUCAGGGACAUCUGUGGGAUGCCAAGCAUGCUCCCUGACUGUAUAGCUACCUGGAUUGGUCUCAAUAAAUUGGCUAGCGUAUAAAUUAGUCUGGGAAGCAAUCUCCUCCCAGAUGGUAUCCCCUAAAAAUAACUCCAUAUAUUGUAUAGGGGAGAAGUCAACCACAUUCACAUUAAUGCCUGCGUUGGCACUAAAAGGGGGGAUGUUGGGCUCAGCUAACUGUGGAGGUACCCAGUCCUCCUCCACAUUCAGCGUAGCAGGGGAAGCACAGCUUCUUUUAGCAGCUGGCUCACUCACAGAUGACAUGUCACUAGACGUGCCGCUAAACUGACCUGGGUCAAAAUCGGACGCAGUGUCAGUGGCGUCAGAGUCUGACGCCAAGAAGGCAUAUGCCUCCUCCAAGCUGUACAUGCGCUGCAUGUUUCACACCAACAGACUAAACUAACAAAAUACUAAACACAAUAUUUUUUUUUUUUUUUUUGUAAAACACUAAAACAGACUAAAACAGACUAAAACAGUAAUCCCUAAACUAACUCCUGUUAGAAGAAUCUAAUGGAGAUUUGGGGGAAGGAAACUGACUGACUACGACAGGCUACGACAGGCUACGACAGGCUACGACAGGCUACGACAGGCUACGACAGACUACGACAGACUAUGACAGACUAUGACAGACUAUGACAGACUAUGACAGACUAUGACAGACUAUGACAGACUAUGACAGACUACGACAGACUACGACAGACUACGACAGUCUAAGACACAGAUUUUUUAAAAUAAAGUUAACCCUUAAGGGCAAAAAAAAAAAUACAGACAGUAAAAAUGCACUGUCUGUAACAGAUCUGGCAGGGAAGGGGUUAAAAUAGGAUUUUAAUUAACUGAAGAUACUUUUUAUUUUUCACAGGAACAGCUGCUGCAACAAACUAUCAGGAUCUCUGUCUCUCUCCUCUCACAAAACGCUACAGAGAGGAGAGAGGCAGAGAUCAGUGUCAAAGUGAGUGUUUGUAACACCCACUUUGACACCAGCCAAUUGUGAGCGAUCGCGGAUCGCUCACAUGCCGCAAUUGGCUGUUACUAUCUGCCUGGGAUGCCGGGCAGAUAGUAACAACGGGAUUUCAGCGGAAGCGAUCUCUGAUCGCUCCCGCCGCCCGUUUUCCGUUAGGACGGUUCAGGACCGUCCUCGGUCGGCAACGCAAAAAUGCCGAGGACGGUCCUGAACCGUCAUGCGUCCUUAAGGGGUUAAAAUUAUGAUUGUGAAUGUGCAGCUGUCCUGCCUACAGUCUGAGAUCAUCAAUCCUGAUGGUCUCGGGUAAUCCAUUGCUAACUCCUAAGGAAACAUUUGGAAACUAGUGCGCAUGCAUUGCAUAUCACCCCACUGUGCUAAUCAGCAUCUCCUUAUAGAGAUGCAUUGAGUUAAUACAACUCUAUAGGUAGCACACAUUGUCUCCAUACUGAGUGUGGAGACUCUGAAUGUUAAUCCUGCAGUCUUUGCAGGACCAAACCUAGUAAGUCUCUCUAGCGGCUUGAGGCAGCACUGUAAACACUGCCUUUUCUCAGAAAAAGUAGCAUUCAUACUACUCAGAAUCUCUACAUUAAGCUAUUGGGAUUCUAGUGUAUUAUUUACCCUUUUGGAUUUCAGUUUACCUUUACCAUCUCAAAUUGGAAGUUACCUCAAGCAUUAUAAACAGUACAGCCUACUGUUGUAGUUAUUAUGUGAGAAGCACCAUUGCACUUAUGCCGAGUAAUAGGGCAAACCCUUUAACAACUUGUCACCCUUUUAUCUGGGUUUUCCAUUUUUUUGGACUGUUCUGAAGGAUUUACAACGCCUGGCUUUUGCAGAGCUGCAGAAACUGGAUGCAGAUCCUGCUGUGUAUUUUAUUUUUAUUUUUGGCUGCAAGUGUCAGCUGACUGCUCUCAGCCAAUGAUUGCAAUUCUGUGCAUGGUACGUUGCACAGAAUUGAUCUUAGCCAGCCUGUAAUUCUAGUUCCAGGUUGGCUGAUGACACCCCAGUGACAACACUGCACAUACAGAUUCCAGGUACCAUAAUCACUGAUGUGGUCAUGGUGGGUGCCUGGAGUAACCCUUUAACGUGUGUUGUAAAUCAUCCAACCUUGGUAUACUUUCAAGCUUAUUGUUUGUUGAGGUGAUGUGGUGUAGAAUGUCACUAUGUUUUCAAUUAAAGUGAACCUAUUGUGGUAAUUUUAUACAUAUUGUUAAAUGUCAGUGCGGGCAUUUUUUUUUUUCCUAUAAUUAUAACAGAUCUGUCACUUUCAGUAUAUAAUAACAAUAUAUUCUUUAUGAAAUACUAAUCAAGACGCAUUGGAAUAUCAAUGAAAUUCCAACGCAGUCCAAAGAUGGCUUCGCCAAAUGACAGCUGUGGGAUUCAGGCUCUGUUAAUGGAGGAUCCGCUAUCUUGCAGGAUCCUCCAGAGACCUCGGUUUUGUACUUUGACGCAUGCGCAAGAGUACAACUCUUCUGACUACAGAAUCACCAGGAGCUGAAAAGGACAGCAGCAUGAGGAUGGCGGUGGACGAGAGGGAUAGUCUGAGGUAAGUAAAAUUCCCUCCCUACACCCCACAUCAGAUCUGUCUGUUUUGGGUGGGCGUCUUUGUGAAAUUCCUCAAAAGUGACAGAUAAGCUUCAAAAGGAUGUAUAUUAGCCAUUUUAUUUCCUUCUUGACCACAUGUGCUUUCAUUUCCUUUUAUAGUCUGCAUAAAAAUAUUUCUUAACAUGAAAUUUACAUAACCGUCAAUUCCUAAAACAGUAUAGGUGAUUGUAAUUAUGAAUUGUGAUGUCAGUAGGAACUGUUCAAUAAGAUUAUUACUGUUCCUAAAUGUAUGCACAAGUGAUACAGAAAUCAUAGAUGUGUUUUCACUUGUCAAAUGUAUUGUGCAUGAUGUUUGUAUCCCUCUAGCAGUAGCAUGUAAGAUAUACUUAUGAUCGCUAAAUGUGUUUGUUACCUAAUUAUAAUAUACCAUUUAGAGUUGAGAAUAAAGGGUCAACCAUUCGUGAAUAUUGCUGGUUAGCAAUAGCUUGGUGCCAGAAUUUUGGUUCAUUAAGGACAUAUCUUUGUUUACUUUAGCUGAACGAUCUGAAGGAGAAGAGCUGCCUUCUUCAGAAUCAAGUGCAUGAGGUGGAAACCAAACUGGGAGAUGUCAGAGCAUUUUGCAGAGAAAAGGAGUCACAGCUUGUAAAUGAAAAAAGCAGAGGACAGGAACUUUUAAAUAUCAUAGACCGGUAACUAAUAUGAAAAACUUUGCAAGAUUAAAUGUUUAUGCAUCCAUGAUAACUGCAUCUCUCUCCGUGUGUUUUGAAAACAUGAGCUUAGAAUGCUGUAAUCACUGGACUUAAUAAUCCUACAGGUUAAAGGAGGAGCUGGAACGUUCUAAGGAGCCUGGACAUCAUGAGGAGGAGAAGAAGCAGCUGACACAGGAAAUAGAAAAUCUUCACCAGGAAGUGCAGACUCUGCGGAAUGAGAAGGAAUGCUUGAAAAAGGUAAGACGUCCCAAUGUUUUCACAGUGGCAUUUGCAGUGUAUUUUCCCAUAAUUUAUUACAAGUUUGUGUUUGCAGGUAAUGGAAAGUCAAAAGAAGAAAAUGGAGCAGUUAUGCAGCAGAGUAAAAGUGAGUACACAUUGAUUCAGCCCUGGGAGAUGGUGAAAAUUCCUUUUGUGUAGUAAUUAGACUUUCUAGGGUUUCAUGGCUUUGAAGGGACGCCAUGGGCACCCAGACCACUUCAUAGCCCCAGGUACCUUAACCCUGAAAAGAUAAUCAUUGCAGUUUUUAAUAAACUGCAAUAAUUACAUUUUCAUUUUAUAAUUUUUGUGCAGAAAAGUACAGAGACUCCUUCAAUGCCACAACAGCAAAUGCAAGCACAGUAGUGUCAAAGUAUAACAAAAGCGUGGCAUUAGAUUUUGAGAAAUAAUAAUAGACAAAUGGUGGGUUUAACACUAUAGGGUCCGGAUACAUGGUUGUGUUCCUGACCCUAUAGUGUUCCUUUAAGGUGCGCAAUAGAUUUAACUAUUCAAGAACUGUAAUGGUUCAGAUAUCAUAACGGUGUCCGCAAGACACAGGAGAGUCCCAGAACACACGGAGAAGCCAACUCACAUCCACCGAUGCCCAAGUUAGGGAAACACUUGUUAUACAUGUGAAUAAAUGUGACAAUUGGAUUCCCCUCAUUGAGUCCAAGUCCGCCCCUGGUCGGCUUUGAAGCUCUCCAGGGUUACAACCUGGGCCACAGCCUUGUGUACCUCCACUCUCAGCAAAGAGAGCAAGGAUGCUGGAACAGGCUGGUCACGCUGAGGUUAAAGACACUGGAUUCUCUGUUGGCAGGGUGGGUGGUAAUAAAUAUACAGCUUGCAACAAAGCAUAGCUGCCCGCCGCGGUAGUUCCUUGCACCUUUGCCUGUGCUGCAUUUCUUUGGAGACCCUAGCGGGAUGCUUAGGCCAAGGCCAGGGGGCAGCUCAGGGGUAUAGCAUUCCGGGCUACAUGAGUAGAGUUCUGGCAUACAGCUUUGCCCAAAACAAGGCACAGAUGUGGUCAAACUUCAGGAGGAGUGGAUCCACAGGCAUAGGGGACUGCUGGGAGGUUCCCAUACUUGCAGGCCUUGGUGGGAGGGCCAUUUUAACCGUUUGGCCUCAACUCUCCAGCUCGUUAUUGAGUAAUAUAUUAUGGUCAGAUGACUAUGUCAAGAGGGGCCCAGAUGGGAUCAGGAUGAAGGGGGGCAGGGCACAAGGCAAGCAAAGUCCAAGUCACGGUAGAGGAUCGGCACCCUCCCGUCCUUGAGUGGUUUUGCAGCUCACAAGUAAGACUGCCACAGGCUGUAUCCACUUGUCCUUCCUUGGAGCUGAUACUGAACUACUCUCCAAUAAUUACAUUCUGAGGGUUUACUCCACCUCGAGUGGCUGUCUACCAGACAUCCACUAGAGCGAUUUCUGGAUCUUUAAGCGACUUUCAGUUGCCUAACUGACGCUGGACGUCCUCACGCUAUGCAUGAGGACAUCCGGUGUCACCCGAAACCGUGUAGGAAAGCAUGUUAUAAUGCUUUCCUAUAGGAAAGUACUAAUGCGAGCAUUGCCGCGCAUGUGCAUUCGUUCUCUGAUAUCAGCUGGGGAGGAGUGUCGGUGAACUCAAACCAGCACUGAGGAAAAUUGGCGCAGGACUCUAAGUGACAGAAGGUGUUUUAACCCAUUCUGGACCAUGGCUAGGGGGGCACUAUGAGGAUUUAAAGUGCCAGAAAAAAACUUUUUGUUUUCCUGGCACUAUAGUUUUGAUAGAGCGUUUUGAUUGCUUUACAGGGAAAGCAGUACAUUUGGAUGUUUGCAGAAGCAGCUUCACUGUCAGCAUGGUGACGGCAGAGGUUUUUUGUUUUUGUUCUGACACAGAUGUGCUUCAUUUGGUGACCUGCUUUUUCAAUGCUUCGUAAAGACUGUACAAGAAAUAGAGCAGCGCUAAACAAACUAAGAACACUAGGAUGGGAGGCAGCACACCUGAUAAUGGGGGAAUCCCUCCAACCCCGAAGAAAACUAGAACAAGUCAAACAACAAUACACCGGUAGCGCCUUGAAAAAUACUCCAAACACAAUAGUAUAUAAUAAUAAAAGCAAUAAAAAAUAAAAAAAACACAGGUAAAAGAGUCCACAAUAAAACUUGAAAGAAUAAAAACUACCAAAUGGUACGACAGUCUCAAAGGUGGCAAUAGAUCUUCUAGACCUGGUCUUGGUAGCUUCGCUUAAUAGCAGAAUAUGAAAAGGAGGCAACCCAAUAGUGCAAUAUGGUAGUACGUGGUAGGACAAACGACACUUAGAUAAGAUGUCAACUCACAUAUGGUAGAGCUAUAACCAGCUCUAGGUAAAACAGCAUGCAGUGGUAUACAAUCCCCACAUGUAGGAUAUCCCUCUGGUUUUGGUACACUGUAGAAUGAUGGUAAAUCACAACUGCAUAACGAUGAGGUAGUUCAUAUGGAAUGACAAAAAAAAGCAGCCACUAGUGCUCUCUAUAUAGAUAGGGAAGUAUCAAUAAGGUAAAUAGAAAAUGAACUUACAAUAGACUGAGCAGACUAACAGCUCUAUGUAUCAAGCCUGUGUGGUAUAAUCCCCACCAAGGAUUUCUUUGUUUGGUUAUCCACAGUAUGUGAUUGGUCCAGAUGUCAAAUAAACGUAUAAAAAUAAAUAAUAAGUUCUAAAAAUAAAUGGCUAAAAGGCAGCUAGUGAGGUAGCCAAAAUACUUUAUUUUGAAACUGCAUAAAAAUCACAACGUGUUUCUCCCCUUAGGGCUUUCUCAAGUGGUAAAAGGGACCACGUACUACCAUAUUGCACUAUUGGUUUGCCUCUGUCUUUGCUUCCUUUUCAUAUUCUGCUAUUAAGCGAAGCUACCAAGAAAGUCCCAUACCAGGACUAGAAAAUCUAUUGCUACUUUGAGACUGUGCCGUACCAUUUGGUAUUUUUUAUUCUUUCAAGUUUUAUUGUGAACUUUUUUUUUUAUAUAUAUAUAUUGGUCUGUUGGUCUUUUAUUGCCCUUAUUAAUAUAUAAUAUUGUGUUUGGAGUAUUUUUCUUGGCACUACCUGUAUAUUGUUUGACUUGUUUUAGUAAAGACUCUACCCAGGGACUGAUAUCCAAGUGAAAAUCUUUGGUUUUGAACACAAAGUACUUUGAAUAGAAUGCUAAAAACUUGUAGCUGUACAUAAAUGUCACAUACCAGUGCAAAUAUGGUUUUUGACAAUUAAACAAAGACAAGUUAAUCAGUUUUAUCUAUGGUAUACGAGGGAUUUCUAUAACCGCACCAACUUGCCAAUAUAAUUUAAAUUUAUACCUUUUCUAUAUUUAAGAAAACAAAUUCCUGUAAUUAAGCUUUUAUUGUUUCCCUUUCAGUUGCUGCUACAUUUCAUCUAUUUCAUUAUUAUUUAUUUAUUUUUUUCCCAAACAGGAACUUGAAGAGCAGGUAUCACAAGAAGAAGGUACAGGUCAGGUGUUAAAGGAGGAAACACAGAAGAAGGAAAAUGCUUUCCAACAACUUAAAGAAGCUGUUAAAGAGGUGAUAAAUAAUCACAAUUUGUUGUAAUGUUUUGUUGUGGGUGUUUACGAAGUAUGCUGAAGCACAUAGAGGUUUUGAACACAAAUUACCUGGACAGAGAACUGUACAUGUUGGUGAAAGUUCUGCAUAUGAAAGUAGAAAUAGUAUAUAUAUUUUUUUUUUUCUAAUUCUCAUAAUGAAUAUUACUAAUGGUGAAAUGUUGGAUUUGUUUUGGUAAUUUCAGUUGGCAGUGCAGAACCAGGACUUAAUGGAACGUAAUGUUUUGCUUGAAGAGCAGCUGCAACAGACAAGAGUUGGAGAGCAGCAAUCCUCUUUGGAGGUUCAAGCCUUGUUCUCUCUUUACAGAGAGAUGAAUGUUUGCCUAAAGGACCUAAAAUCCAUUUGUAAUUUGCUGUGCCAGAGAGUGCAAGGGGUGGAUCCCAAUCUGUCAAUGCUGCUAGGGAUACACUGUGAGUUGACAUGGGGAUUUUUUUUUUUUUUUUGGAAGGAUCAUUAUGCAUCCACUACCUUAAUUAUCUUGUUGCCUCAUCAUUAUGUCACUUUAUUUGUGAUCUUUUUAUUGGUCCUUUAAGCCAGAACAGUCAGAAGUGUUUUUGCUGCAUAUUUAAUACACAACUAGGAGCUAGCAAUCUCCUCUGCAGUGUAACCAUUACAUUAUAAAAUACAGUGGCAAGAAAAACUGUGAAAACUUUGGAAUUAGUUGGUAUUCUGUAUGAAUUGAUCAUAAAAUGUCAUCACAACUUCAUCAAAAUCACACAAGUAUACACAAACACAAUGCGCUCAAGUUAACUUUAAACAAUUAUAAUUAUUUGUGUUUAUCAAAAACAUCCCAUUAAAUAUUAACAGUGCUGCAGAAAAAGUAAGUUAACACUUAAUAGCUAGUUGAUCCUCCUUUGGCAGCAAUAACCUCAUCCAAGUGUUUCCGGUAGAUGUCAUCAUUGUCCUGCUGCAUCACCCAACUUCUACUGAGCUCAACUGGCAUUUAGCCACCCUAAUAUUACCCUGUAGCAUAUGUUGAUAAAUUUUAGAAUUCAUUUUUCCCUCAAUAAUGGCUAGUGUUCCACGCCCCAAAGUAGAAAAGCAGCCCCAAAUCAUGAUGUAUCCUAUGUUAGUAUGCGGUGCCUUUUGUAUGACAUCCAUAGUAUUCAUGUUCUUCCCAAACAACUUCAACCUUGAUUUCAUCAGUUCACAAAACUGAUGAAAGUAGCAUUGUGGAAUGUCACGGUGCUCUUUGACAAAUCUCAGGCACGCAGUAAUGUUUGGUUUGUUUUUUGUUUUUGUAAAGCAGUGGAUUUCUUCAUGGACACAAUGUCUUUAAUGCUUUAUGUAUGGUAAAAUCAUGAAUGGAAAUGUUAACCAGUUAUAAUGAUUUCAUUCUUGAUCUGUCACUUUAGGGUGUUUUCUUGCUUAUGGUUUUUUCCCUCAUUGAGAAUUGAGCAAUGUGCCCUUUGCGUCAUCUUGGCAGGACAGCCACAUCAGGGAGAGUAUCCACAGUACUAAAUUGUCUCCAUUUACAGUGGACAGAUAAAUAUAUAUGUUCGUUGAGACAUCUUUGUCACCAUUUCCAUCUUUAUGCAAUGCAACAGUUCUUGAUUGCAGGUCAUCUUAGAGCUCUUUUGCGUGAGGCAUGGGUCAUUCAUAUCAACAGAUGCUUUUUGUGAAUAGCAAACUCAAAAUGGUUGAGCACUUUUUAUAUAUAAAGCAGCUAUAACCAACACCACCAAUCUCUGUUCAUUAAUUGAACACUAGGUUUGCCAAUUUUCAACCUCUAAUUGGCUUUUGUUUAAGUCAUUAACCUAGGCUUUUACAUACUUUUUCCAACCCAUAAUGUGACCAUUUGAAAGAUGUACUCGUGACGAAGUGCCCUUCGCCACUUGUGCCUGGAGAGGACUGCUUGCCCGCCUCUUGCCCUGUGACUAUGGCCCCUGGUUUGUAUUGCCCUUUAAAGACAUGAUUUGGGCAUAAUGGAUUUGUGUUGUGCUGCUGCUGGCCCUUUAAGAACCAUCUGGGGACAUACUGUGGAGUUACUGGGUGGCCACCAUUUCCUGUAUUAGAAGCACAUGUUGAGAACAAUGGAUGGCGGCCAUUUUAACUCACAGACACUGUUUGGACUUUUCAACACGGUGCCAUCUCGCCAGUAUUUGGUGCACAGAGACAUCGUGCAGUGGUUUUGGACUAUACAGCAGGGGACACAUUAUACAGUGAUUGUUUUUAAUUUAGCCUGUAUAUGUUCUGCAGAAUCUGCAUUAAACUGUAUUUUCCAAAGUAUUGAAAGGAUCUGGGUGAAUUUUGGAUAUGUGGUUCAACCAGAUCCCCUGGUUCCAAGGAUAUACUUUUUAUGGGGUUAUUGCAUGUUUUGGGGUCCCUGUGUGUUUUAUGAAACUGUAUUAUUUCUGGCCAGCAGAUAAUUGAGCUUUGUGUAUUGUAGAAACUCAAUUAUCUAGCCUGGCCCAGAGGAGGAGUUUUGUGUUGCAUAAAUUGUGAGUUCUGUGUGCCAGUAAAUCAGUCUUGUUCCAGCAUUAAGCCUUGGCUCAUGUUUGGGGGAUUGGAGAAAUACACUCUGGGGAUUGCUAUAAUCACUAUACUCCCCAGGGUAUGAUCACUAAGUUCUGCUAAGAGCUUGUUUGUUCCUGCUCUCUGGGGAAAGAGAGGUUCACCCACUGGAAGCUGGAUCCUGGCCUUGGGUCCAGGGUGGGUGGAGACAGCAGAGACCCCAGCGCAGUUGCAUCGCUGGAAGUGGGGUCUGCAGUGCUGAUGGUGUCGGUUGGAGUGCUUGGAGUCCUCGGCAAGCGCUAGGAGCAUCGAUUGGCGGAGGUACUCAGUCGGAGUGCCAGCGUUCCGUCACAGUACUCAAUAUGUACAAGAGCAGUAAAAUAAUUUGUGUGUCUUCCGUGAAUACUAUUCUACCAAUGUACUUCUCUACUCCUACCCUUACAUUUUGUGUCACUUUGCCCCACUCCAUCUAGCAUGUAAGCUCAUUGAGCCGGACCCUCAACCCCUCUGUUCCUGUGCAUCCAAUGUGUCUGGUUGCAAUUACGUUUUAGUCCAUCCAUUGUACAGCACUGCAGAAUUUGUUGGCGCUAUAUAAAUAAUAUCAAACCAAAUUUUGGGGGGAAAAAAAUUAUGCAGUCCUUUCUAAAAUGUUCACAUACUUUUUCUUGCCACUGUAAAUAACACUCAUUUUAAAUUACACCAAUGAAACCAUCCUUAAAGUGGCGUCACGUUCUAGGGUAUUUACAUGUUUUGCCAACACUCCCAAAUGUGACAUCCGUACUUGGUGCGUGGAGCAUAUAUUGCAGUGUUUUACAUUGUAAGAAAAAAAACGUAAAGCAUCUCAACCAACAGCAUUUCGUUAAGGUAACCUCCCUACCAGGCUACCACUUUACUGAUAACUGUUGCUGAAUGCAUCCAAAACAUUUGAUGAAUGGCAUCUCUUAGAACCUUGCCUUGAUUUUGUAUUUUUACAUAUAUACCCUCUUCUGUAUCUGAAAUUAUGUAUAUUCAGUCCAGCAGCAGUAGCACUUUUGAUCAAAAACACAAAGUGCAGUGCCAAGUUUCCAAAUGAUAAACUCCCCCCCACCCUCUUCUUUUAAUGAGUAUUGAUCUUUUUUUUUUUAAUCCUUGUCCUUACAGCUACUCCAUCUUCUGAUGAUUCUGGUGAGAUACUCGAUUCAUCAUCUCUUGAUAAACAUCUGGUUGACGUGAGGCAGCUGAAGAGAGACAUUGAUGAUUUGCGUAUUACCAUUAGUGAUCGUUAUGCACAGGACAUGGGGGACAACUGUAUCACUCAGUGA